AACGGUAAUGAUGAUGGAUUUUCUAGUCGUCUCAAGGCUUGCGCUUGCAUCUGUAGGAAGGAGACCAAACUCUACAAAGUUGCCAAGGAGAUUGAAUCACUCAAGCAACGAAUCAUGGAUAUCUCUCGCAAACGAGAUACUUAUGGUAUUAGAGAUAUCAAUAAUGCAGGAGAAGGUUCAAGUAAUCAGUCUGCCAUGGUUAGAUCAUUGAGGAGAACUACCUCCUAUGUGGAUGAUCAGGAUCACAUUUUUGUUGGAUUUCAGGAUGUUGUAGAAUCAUUGUUAGCUGAACUUCUCAAAGCAGAGCCUCGUCGAAAUGUCAUCUCCAUUUACGGUAUGGGCGGUUUAGGCAAGACCAUACUUGCGAGAAACCUCUACACAAAUCCUAUCAUAGUCUCUAGCUUCCCAACAUGCGCUUGGAUAUGUGUUUCUCAAGAGUAUAACACCAUGGAUCUCCUUAGGAAUAUCAUAAAAUCUAUCAAAGGUUGCACCAAGGAAACUCUAGAUUUGUUGGAGAGGAUGACAGAAAGAGAUCUAGAAAUUUACCUUCGUGAUUUAUGAAAAGAACGCAAAUACCUUGUUGUCGUUGAUGAUGUAUGGCAGAGAGAAGCAUGGGAAAGUUUGAAAAGAGCAUUCCUGGAUAGCAAGAAUGGAAGCAGAGUGAUUAUUACCACUCGCAAAGAGGAUAUUGCUGAAAGAGCAGACAACAGAGGUUUUGUCCAUAGACUUCGUUUCCUGAGCCAAGAAGAAAGUUGGGACCUCUUUUGUAGGAAACUAGUUGAUGUUCGGGCAAUGGUUCCAGUGAUGGAAAGGUUAGCUAGAGAUAUGGUGGACAAGUGUGGAGGCUUACCUCUUGCAAUUGUUGUAUUGAGUGGACUACUUUUGCACAAAAGGGGUCUAGAUGAAUGGCAAAAGGUGAAAGACCACCUUUGGAAGAACAUUAAAGAUGACUCUAUUGAAAUCUCCUACAUACUAUCAUUAAGCUACAACGAUUUGUCAACUGCACUAAAGCAGUGUUUUCUGUACUUUGGUAUUUUUCCAGAAGAUCAAGAGCUCGAGGCUGAAAACAUAAUACGGUUGUGGAUGGCCGAGGGUUUCAUACCAAGAGGAGAAGAAAGAAUGGAGGAUGUCGCUGAAGACUUCUUAAAUGAGCUGAUAAGACGAAGCUUGGUUCAAGUGGCUGGAACAUUUUGGGAAAAAGUUAUUCUAUGUAGGGUUCACGAUGUAGUUCGUGAUCUUUCCAUACAAAAGGCAUCGGAGGUAAACUUCUUUGAUAUUUAUGAUCCAAGAAACCACUCCAUAUCCUUCUUAUGUAUCAGACAUGCCAUUCAUGAUCAGGGAGAAAAGUACCUCUCACUUGAUCUUUCUAACUUAAAGUUGAGGUCAGUUAUGUUCUUCGAUCCAGAUUUUCUUAACAUGAGUCUUAUAAACUUCAGUAGUGUGUUCCAACAUAUGUAUGUGUUAUACUUGGAUACUUUUGGUGGAACUAUACCUGAUGCCAUAGGAAGUUUAUACCACCUCAAGUACUUAAGAUUGACAGGUAUCCAUUGUCUUCCCUCCUCCAUUUGCAACCUCAAGAAUUUACAGACACUUCGUGUCGUAAACGAAAACGGGCGCUUAUGCCAACUACCCAGAGAGACAGCUGACCUGAUAGAUCUAAGAUAUUUAGAUGCUCCUUAUUCAAAACCUCUGAAAUGUAUAAACAAACUCAGUAGUCUUCAAGUUCUUAAAGGCCUUGCUUGUGAUCAGUGGAAAAAUGUUGACCCUGUUGAUUUAGUUAAUCUUCGAGAAUUAAGCAUGCAUGAUAUUACCAAAUCCUACUCCCUAAACAACAUUAGCAGCUUGAAUAACCUUAGCACUGUCACAUUGUGUUGUGAAGAUGAUGAAUCAUUCCCAGCCCUUGAAUUUCUUACUUCUUGUCAAAAGCUCCAGAAAUUGUGGUUAGAAGGGGAAAUAGAGAAACUGCCUCUAUCAGACGCAUUUCCAAAUUCCAUCACAAUGAUGGUUCUUGUGAAAUCAAAACUCAUGAAAGAUCCGAUGCCUAUUUUGGGGAUGUUGCCAAACCUCAGGAAUCUCGAUUUAUUAAAAGCUUAUGAAGGAAAUGAAUUAACUUGCAGUGAUAACAGUUUCAGUCAACUAGAGUUCCUUCGUCUUGAUGAUCUUGAGAAGCUAGAAAGAUGGCAUUUAGGCACAAGUGCCAUGCCUCUCAUUAAAGGUCUUGCUAUCUAUCAUUGUCCAAAGCUAAAGGAGAUUCCCGAGAGAAUGAAAGACGUGGAGAGAACUCCUUAUCGAUGAAGCUUUUCAAGCAUAUAUUAUGUCCUAUUCCAUAAUCGAAGAGGGGAAGAAAGAAGCAGUUGAAGGGAUUGGUAUGGCUAAAGUUGGAUUGUUGAUUGGAGCAUUAAUCAGGUUUCAGGAGUGUGUUUUUAGUGUUUAAAUUGUAUUUGUUUGGAGCUUUUUGAGUGUGUGGAAUUGGUUUGAAGAGAAUUGUUUUUGG